AUGAGUCCCCCAGCCCCGGACAGAAAGGGCGGCGGAGAACCGCAGAAAGGAGCUAAAGAGAGCGAGCGAGAGAGAGAACCGUACGGACUGUCACAAACAACCCGGGAGUAUUCCACCCACGAAGUCACUUCUCUUUCACUCGCGGAGAACUUCCAGGACAGUCGCAACCGGAACCGCAGAAGCACUUCCCCUGGGAGACUGGGUCGGAGCCCGCUGUCCCCGAGGGCGAGGACGCCCCUCCCCCAUCCAAAGGCGCACCCCCUUCUCCCGCCCUCACUUGCCGCAAAGAAGAGGUAUAAAUUUCCGCCACAACGCCUCCCCCCGUGCGGGCGGUCGAUAUGGCAGAUCCUGAGGUCGCCGCAUCCGCCAGCGCUAGUGGCGGAGCUUGCAGCUGUCCUUGGUCGUGCGGUCGUUGUUGGCCCUCAGGCCGCAGCAGUCAUGGUCAACAUAGUUCAGAUUGUGCGUGACCACUGGGUACAUAUACUUGUCCCUAUGGGAUUUGUCUUUGGAUGGUAUCUGGACAGAAAGAAUGAUGAAACGCUAACUGCCUUCCGGAACAAGAGUAUGCUAUUUAAAAGGGAAUUGAGGCCCAAUGAAGAAGUUACCUGGAAAUAAGGACUGUGGCUAAAUUACAGAACGUUCAUGUUUUAAAAUGUAUCAGAAAAAAUAAAAACAUAUUUGUUAUUUAGUUACAAGAA